AUGUUCUCUAAAAUCUUUGCGGUUAGCGCUAUCCUGGCUGUGUCAUCUGCAGGACUCCUACCCACAGCCCACUACUCCGCUGCACCAGCAGUUUCGUCACAAAGCAUAGUGCGUCAUGAACAACCUAUUGCAUACCACGCCGCAGCUGCUCCAGUCGCUUACCACGCUGCUCCCGUAGCCUACCAGGCCGCUCCAGUGGCGUACGCCGCACCCGCUCGUUACUCCUCUGCCGCUGCCGUAUCUUCACAGAACAUCGUUCGUCACGAACAACCCUUGAGUUAUGCUGCAGCUGCGCCAGUAGCUUACCACUCAUCUCCAGUAGCCUACGCUGCCCCCGCUCGUUACUCCUCCGCCGCAGCUGUCUCAUCUCAAAACAUUGUCCGUCAUGAACAGCGCGUCGCUCCCGUCGCCUACCAGGCCGCUCCCGUCGCUUACCAGGCUGCUCCCGUUGCCUAA